UCCCACAAAACAAAUAUUUGCUCUCUCUCUCUCUCUCUCUCUCUCUCUCUCUCUGAAUCUCUUGUUUUCUUCUCCCUUCAUCUUCAUCGGCACAAACCAUCAUCCACUUCCUAGCAAUUCUGGGACUUGAGCAUAAAUGGGUUCCAGAUCAGCGCGAUGGCGCCAGACUUGGGCUCCACAGCCAUUGACGCCCUUAAUGGAAGGUCCCGACCCUGAGUUGCGAGAAGAAGGACCCAAGAAGGAGAGCUCAUGGGAAGCCAUUAGAGAAUGGUUCAGAGCUCAGAAAGUUUCCCCAGCAGGAUCAGGACCAACUUUCUCUUCGUCAUCAUCACACUCUUUCUAUGGAUCCAUCCAAGCCAGAACUCAAGACUUGAGGCUCCUCCUCGGUGUCCUCGCUUGCCCCUUAGCUCCCAUCCCUUUGACCCACCAUCCUUCACACACCUUCCACAUCAAGGAUAUCCCAUUUGAAAACUCGACGGCCAAGUACAUUAUACAGCAGUAUUUGGCGGCCACUGGGUGUCUGAAACAGCAGAAGAAGGCGACGAAGAAUAUGUACGCCACCGGCACGGUGAAGAUGGUGUGCUGUGAAACGGAGAUUUCGACGGGGAAGAAUGUCAAGUGUUUGGGGACAAGAAGCAGCGACAAUGGCCGAUUCGUUCUGUGGCAGAUGCUUCCCGGAAUGUGGUCCCUGGAAUUGGUGGUCGGUGGCCACAAGGUGGUUGCCGGAAGCAACGGCAAGGCCGUGUGGCGGCACACACCGUGGCUCGGCACCAAUGCAGCCAGAGGGCCCCAACGGCCACUCCGUCGAAUCAUUCAGGGUUUGGAUCCAAAGAGCACAGCAAGCUUAUUCACCAACGCAGAGUGCUUAGGCGAGAGCAAAAUUGGGGACGUCGGAUGCUUUGUAUUAAAGGCAUCAGCAGAUCGUGCGGCUGUGAUUGAAAGGAGCGAGGGGCACGCCGAGAUAAUAAGGCACACAUUGUAUGGGUAUUUUUGUCAAAAGAGUGGGCUCCUCAUAUACCUUGAGGACUCUCACCUAACAAGGGUUCAAAUGGAUGAAACCCUAGAUAGUGAUCCUGUGUACUGGGAGACCACCAUUGGCAGCAGCAUCGGUGACUACAGGGACGUUGAUGGAGUGAUGAUUGCCCAUCAAGGACGGUCCAUCGCGAUGGUAUUUCGGUUCGAAGAAAUGUCAAUGCAACAUAGUAGAACCAGAAUGGAAGAACAUUGGACCAUUGAUGAUGUUAUGUUCAAUGUCCCAGGCCUCUCAAUGGAUCAUUUCAUUCCUCCUGCUGAUGCAUUUCCCAAUUCAAACUCACCAUAACAAGAUCGUAUCUCACAAAGUUUUGGUGUUUGCUAAGUAAAUACACGAUUAUGUAUCUGGAGAGAGAACAAAUUAAGUAUAAUUCGAAUCACUCUCUCCCUCUCUCCCUCUCUCUCUUCACACCUAUUUUUUUCUCUCAAUUUUUCUAUCUUGUUUUUGCCAAAAAGGGAUGAAUUUGAGCCAAGAAGUCAAGCUCAAACAACAAAUUCAAAAGGAGGAAUCUUCGAGCAUGAGAUUUUGAGUUUGAGUUCAUGUGGAUGUAAAAAACACUUUUAAAAGAAUUAUUCCCAAUUAGGUCCAAUAAUACUCGAA